CGCACAAAUGUUUUAUUCUCAGUCUUAGGCAGCAGGCUCGACUCUGAUCGUUUCGUCUCUCGAAUAUAGUAUUAUUACCAGUGUACGAUGUCUUCACGUUGACUUUAGAUUGAAUCAAGUUCGUUAAAAAUUAAUUUCAACGAUCGCCCAUAUAGUGUAAUACAGUAAUGUGGUGAUUUGCAAGUCGAGUUGCAGUGAAAAUUUUCCCGUAAGCAAAGUUUUUUCGAUGAUACAGAUUUGAAAAGAGAGGAACAUUUUACGUUUGAAUGUACCUUUCACUAUUUUUUCAAGAUAAUUUUGUGCUAUUAUCCCUAGUGCUGUACCUUCAAAGGAUUGCUCUGAAAAUGACAAGAAGUGAGGCGCAUUUUUGAAAAACGUAAAACGCCAGAAAACGCAAAAGAAGAAAAAUUUUAACACGCAAAGUAUACGGAAAAAGCUUAUAAAAAAGGCUGUAUCUCUGUAAAAAUAGUAUAUUUCUUAACGGGUGCAGCUAUGGAUGUUUAAAAAAAGAAGGAUUAUGGCACGAGAAGGUUUACUGAUCAUCGAACGAGAUUUUCAAAUGAGCUGGAUAAUUACGCAAUCAUAAAAAAGUAUAAACCAUGCAGUCGUUCGAGGCGAACGAGUUCAUGCAAGAGUGUGACAUGAAAUCAACAAGUAAACAGGCAGAGAAGAUACUGUACAUACUCUACUCUUUCUGUGCUAUAGCUUCGAUUAUUUCGAUGGUAUCGCUUAUAGUGCCUUGGCAGCAUUGGGCAUUUACUCUCGCAGUUUCUAGUCCCAGUGUCGAGAACUGUGAGUGCAUUCUGAAUGGGGUGGCUACUUUUAACACAUUCAUGGGCGGAAACGUGCGCGCCUGCCAUUUUGGGGCGUAUGGGCUUUUACCUUGCAUCGUCUUUAGCACAAUCAUGGCCAGCUAUCAUGGUUAUCGUAGUUGUAUAUCCCGCACGCUGAGUCCUCCAAGAACAGUUACUCUUCAGAGAAUUUACCGAGGCAGCAAAACAAAUCUAGAUGAUCAAAUAUUCAACGUUGCUCCAAAGCAACGAUACCUUUUUGGUCAUUGGAUGUCAAUGUCAAUAGCCACAUUAUUUUUGUGUGUCUUGGCUUUUUGUCAUACUGUAGUUAUCACAGACGGUUAUUUUAAAACUUGUAGUCAGUAUAGAAACAACUUAGGUAAAUUACUCCAUUCAACAGGAGAAGAAAUGAAGGUUAUUCGUAAUAGACUAUCAUGCGGUGCUAUAUUCGAUUAUAUGGAUUACAUUCAACCUGACGCAAACAAUUGGCGAAGAGCCGAAUCAAUCAAUACAGGAUUGGCUUUGCAAUUAAGCAUUACAACAUCUAGCAUCAAUUUUAUUUUAUUAAUAAUAAUUUGUUCGAUAAAUUUUUACAUGAAAUGGAAAAAAUUUUAACAAGAAAACAGUUUUUAACUGAGAAAAGUAGUUAUUGUUAUACGUUGGGAAAACUUUUAUGAAUUGCUGUCAAAUUAUAUUCUAAUUUUUUUAAAAACAAGAAAUAAGUUGUUAAGAUUGAAAAUUAGAAAUAAUCUGUACAAAAUUGUAAACAUUUUUUAACUCUAGGAAAUAUACGCAAAUUAUAGAUUUUAUACAAGGGUAAUAAUUUUGAUGUUAACGUAUUGUGAUUUACACUCGUGUAAACGUUACGUAUGUAUAUGGGUUGAAAUAAUACUUUUUUAAAUUUUCAUUCGCAUGUAUGUCCCCGAUCUGGACGCGCUUUUGGUAUGCUAUAUUACAUGAUAAAAUAAUCCCAAAACCAAAAUUUUAGACGCUCCUCUCUCUACAAACGCCAUUUUUCUAUCUAUAUCGAUUAUGAAGCUGCUUUUGACUCAAAAAAUUUUAAAAAAUUCAUGAAGGUACAUUGAAAAAAAAAAUUUUUUUUGAUUUUUUCAUAGAGCCCUAGCCGAAAAACGCUAUUUUUAACAAAAUUAGGUCGUAGAAGCUGGAGAUUCAAAUAAAGGAAAUUGAAAAUUAUUUGUGGAAUUCCUUGUCAAAUUUUAAAAUUCUUUUAUUCUUUGCAUUUUUUCAAUGAAGGCCUCCUAUUUCAAUCGUCUUAGAGCAUCUCAAAGAUUAGUAAGAAAUUCUAAAGACAUUUAAAAAAUAAUGUAAGUAUGAUGAAAAAAUUUCUUGAGUUUGACCACAAUUUCAUGAAAAUUGUGAAACAUUGCAUAAAUGGUGCAUGAAAAUGCUUAAAAUUGCAUUCCGAUUACUACCAAAAAAUACACAGCACAUCUGCGAUCCUUAAAAUUGUCAUGUAAAGUAAAAAAAUGGCCAUUAAAUUACAGUGGUAACAACAUAGUUAUUUGUGCAACAAGUGCCCAAACGAGGGCCAGCUAUGGCAUUCAUGUCUUUUUUGUUUGCUCUUGUGUCUGGCAUAACCAGCAGUUGUGCGCACUCUGCACGAAAAAACGAUUUCAUCCAAUUAAGCGGGUAAAAAUAAAUUAAACUACUUGUUUUUGAAAAAAUGUCCUAAAGGAACAUUUUACUCACGCUGAGGGAAAUGAAAAUGUUGCUUUAGGCCGGGGGAUUCACAAAAAAUUGUAUUUGCACUUAUGUAGCGAAAAAAGAAA